AUGAGACCACGGCCGAGCACGCUAUUUGGAUGCCUCCUUAUUGAGCUCAUUGGUCAUGGUUCUGCGUCCUUCGCCCACCCGUAUCCUGCUGGCCUCAACACCAGUGACGCUUUCAAUUGGACCGAGAUCCCAUCUUCAAGAGAGCUUCACUACCACAAAUGUUAUGACUCCUUUGAAUGCGCCAGGUUAGAGGUGCCCCUUGACUGGUCCAACUCGUCGAAUUCUGGCUCGAUCAUUUUAGCGAUCGCGAGGUUGCCUGCUGUGGUGGACGUCGGGGAUGAAUCUUUUGGAGGCACAGUUGUCAUCAAUCCUGGAGGCCCAAGCGGUUCCGGCGUGGGCAUUCUGCUUUGGUCCGGCAAGAGCAUCCAAAACAUUCUGGAUGGUGACAAGCAUUUCGAAAUCCUGUCUUUCGACCCCCGUGGUGUACAGUUCUCAACCCCCAGUCUGGCCUGCUUUCAAGAUGACACCGUGAGAGACAUUCUCAAUCUCCUGGGAGUAGGCGCUGGAAGCCUCGAAUCCAACCCCAAUGCUUUGGAUGUCAAAUGGGCCAUUGACCAAAGCCUUGGCCUUCUUUGCGCACAAACGAGCAAAGGCAGAUUUCCCGAUGGUUCAAGUAUUCGUCAGUUUGUGAGUACGGCGCUGGUGGCCCACGACAUGAUAGAAAUCAUUGAUCAAGUUGACGUACAUUUGCGGAGAGAGCUGAGGUCGAAAGACAGCCAUGCUCGUAAUCAACAGGCGCUUGACUCGGUAGAGUCAAACGAGGGUCCUCCGCUUCUCAACUACUGGGGUCUAUCGUAUGGCACCUUCUUGGGAAACACUUUCGCCUCUAUGUUUCCACACCGAAUCGGCCGCAUGGUCUUGGACGGGGUGGUCGACGCAGAUGACUAUAUUGCUACAGGAUGGACAACUAAUCUUCAGGACAACAUGAAGUCGUGGACCAAGUUCUUCGAGUAUUGUUUCGAGGCCGGGCCAAAGUGUGCUCUAUCGAAUCCCACGAUUAGUGGGCCUGAAGAGAUGCGAUGGCAAGUCGAGAACUUUGUCGAUGGCCUCAAGAACAACCCCUUACCCUUGGUCCAAAACGACAAUGCUUACAUCCUCACUUACUUCAACAUGAAGGCCAUCAUUCAUAUGCACCUAUAUCAACCCAUCCAAUUGUGGCCGCUUUUGGCAUUGGUUCUCAAAGCUCUGAUGGAGCAAGACAUCUCCAGAGCCAUGUCAGCGUGGGAGAGCUGGCCGUUCCCUGAAUCUGGGGACUUUGCACCACUGCUUCCAACUGUCCCUCACAUGGCUCUGUCACCAGACGGCUUUUUCGGAAAGGACCUACCGCUCCCGUCAAGUUAUCCGUGGCAACUGGAAUCCAGCGUCUCUAUCCUCUGUGGGGAUGGUGACGACAUCACUUUUCGAUCAAAGCGGGACUUUACAAAGUACCUGGAUCUACUGCUAUCACAAUCUCCCGUGGUAGGAUCCAUCUGGGCCGAAAUCACCCUACAUUGCAUCCUCUGGGAUCCAACCAACCGACCUUCUCCCAAAAACCGGUUCACAGGUCCGUUCCAGUCGAACCUCUCCGAUUAUGAUCCUCGUGGAAGCCCGCUACUGUUCAUCGGCAACACAGCGGACCCGGUGACGCCGGUGCGGAAUGCGUUCAAAAUGGCACAGCGGCAUGAAGGCAGCGUCGUUGUCACCCAGGAUAUGCCGGGACAUUGCGCGGGCACGACCAACCCCAGCGUGUGCACGUUUGGGGUCUUGAAAAGGUUCUUCGCCCACGGCGAGCUACCGCAGGCUGGACUUGUGUGUGAGGCGGCGGUGAAACCAUGGGAUAAAUGA